AUGUCUGGUGAAAAGAUACGGAUCGGUAUUAUAGGCGGAGGUGCGUCGGGUUCCAUGGCAUGCAAGGCAUGCCUAGAAGAGGGCUUUGAGCCGAUGGUGUUUGAGAAGAACUCAUAUACGGGUGGUUUGUGGCGAUACCACGACGAGAACAUCGAUGGCGUGGCGUCUGUGGCCAAGUCUACGAUCAUUAACUCCAGUAAAGAGAUGACAGCCUUUUCUGACUUUCCGCCGCCAAAAGAUUUUCCUAAUUAUAUGCACAACACAAAGAUGGUAAAAUAUUUUGAUUUAUAUGGCGAGAGCUUUCGUUACGAGAAGUACGUUAAGUUACGCCACGACGUGAUUGGAUUGGAGCCGAACGGUGACUAUGAUAGCACCGGGCGGUGGAAAUUAACCGCACGAGAUCAUACGAAUGCGGACAAAAUUACUGAGUAUGUGUUUGAUGGUGUAAUGAUAUGCACGGGACAUCAUGUCCAGCCACAGGUAACGACAUUCAAAGAUCAGCAUCUCUAUACUGGUCAGAUAGCACACACACACUCAUACAAACGGCCCGAUCAGUACACUGACAAGAAGGUAGUGGUUGUGGGGAUCGGGAACUCUGGCGGCGACGUUGCUGUUGAACUGUCCUCAGUGUCAGAUAAAGUUUAUCUGUCAACCCGUCGGGGUACAUGGAUAUCAAACCGUGUGGGUCCGUAUGGCCUACCAUCGGACAUUAGUUUUAUUCGACGUCACACAAACGUACUGUUUAAAUACCUACCUUACAAUAUUUUAUGUACAAUACUGGAAAGCGUUGCCAAUAGGCGUAUUGAUCACGAGAAAUAUCAGUUAAAGCCAAAACACCGGAUACUAUCGCAAAACGUCUUUGUGAACGACGCCCUUCCAAACUGUAUACUCUCCGGCACUGUUGUAGUGAAGGGUGAUAUUAAUAGGUUCACCGCACAUGGGGUUAUCUUUGCGGGUGAAAGUAAGGAGAUCCCAUGCGAUGUUGUACUAAUGGCCACCGGUUAUAAGUUGAAAUUCCCAUUCAUAUCGCAAGAUCUGAUUCGCACCACAAACAACAAGGUUGAACUGUUUAAAUACGUUUUCCCGCCUGAUUUGAAACAUCCCAAGACACUGGCUUUUAUAUCGUUAGUACAACCCCUCGGUGCAACGCUGCCGAUCGGAGAAAUGCAGUGCCGAUGGUUCGCCCAACUUAUGGCGGGUAAGCGAUCGCUGCCCACCCGUCAGAACAUGUUAGCCGACAUCGCUGUAAAACAGCACGCAAUGAAGCGAUACUACGAGUCGGAGCGGCACACCAUUCAAGUUGAUUGGCUUAACUUUAUGGACGAGUUGGCACAACACGUGGGCGUUAAACCCAAUCUCUUGAAGUACUUCUUUCAAGACAGAGAGUUGUGGCGGGCGCUUAUGUUUGGCCCCGCAUUGCCCUACCAAUAUCGACUUGAAGGUAUUAUAUUAGAUUAA